GCUAUCGCUGGGCAGGGCCUUGGGAGCUGGAACUCUCGUGGGAUAAAUUAGGUUGCAAAACCUCCUGAACAUGUGGAAUCCCAAUGCUGGACAAACUCCGUAUCCCCCCAACGUUGGAUACCCGCCUAACGCUCCUAUCCCGCCACCUGUCAAUCCUGCCUUUCCUCCCCGCCCCUAUCCAGUCCCGCCAGGAGCUCCUCAGGGAAAUCCAGUCUUCCCGCCAGGUAUGCCCCCUCAACCUGUGCCACAACCAGCGUAUCCAGGUGGCCAGCCUCUUGGUCUGCCUCCCUCCAUACCCCCAUCUGCUCCUGGCACUCCUGUGAAUCCGUUGGCCUCCGGCAUGGUAGUACCAGGAAUGGUGAUGGACAAGAAGAUGCGGAAAAUGAAGAAAGCUCAUAAAAAGAUGCACAAACAGCACAAGCAUGGCAAGCAUUCCUCCUCCUCCUCCUCCAGCAGCGACUCUGACUGAAUGCAGGGCCUGGACCCUCCCAGCAAGCCUCAGAUGCCACCUUGUUCCCGGGGAAAUGAGCCUCUGUGUCCCCUCCUCCGCUCCCACCCUUCCAGCUACCGCUCGGGCCUGACUGGGGGGAAAACGGGAAGAGAGUUGUCGUCGGCUCCCUGAGGCCACUUGUCACUGCACGGGUAGAACUUCUCACUGCUGUGUUUAGCAGGAGAACUGUCUUUCUUUUCUCUGAAGAUGGUGGGACUUUCGAACUCAAUGCUCACAACAACUCUAAGAUCUGCAAAAUGUGAUUUUUAAAAUUGCUUUCAUAAUCCUUGCGCUAGGGAAGGUGCUGUGGGGAGGUUGUGUGUUGGCAAGCCUGCUGGGAAAUGAAAUCUGUCUGGUGGUGAACUUUGCCGUCUCCGACCCCAGGCCCCACUCCCGAACUAGUCUGUUGUCGCGGGUCCUCUCUAAUUCCCCAACACUCGGUGCCAAUAAAGCUGCUUCUCUUGGAAUCUGA